GACAUGACGAUUCCGAGACGCUUUCAAAGCUUGGGAUACCGCUGCACAGUGCGUGUGGCGUGUGUACAGUCUGUACUCUGUAUGCCAAAGAGCGUGUGAAUGCGAGAGAAGAGCGCAACAUAGCAAGUAUAUUCCGUGGAAAGCGUUACCUGACGAUUAUAGUUUCGUCCAGUGGCGCUGUCGUCGUUUAACCAAACACACAUGCACACACACACACACACACACACAUAUUGUUUAUCUUGCGCUCGCACGAUCGCGCCUCAGUCUUUGUUUGGGAUGAUCCGGUCAAAUUUCCGUAAUCCGCGCAAGGUUGCAGAUUUUUAAUCUGACUUCGAUGUGCUAUACCUAUAAGUAUACAAAUACACGUACAUACAUAAGAAUAUUCAUCGUGGAUCAAGUAGAUAGAAGCUAAGAAGAUUUGAUUAAUUCAAGCAGACAUGUCUUUUAACGUGAGAUUGGAAGUGGAUCCAGUAAUAAUCUGUCCUUACGACAGCAAUCACAGAAUCGCGCGAUCGAGAAUUCAGAGGCACCUAGUCAAAUGCGAAAAGAAUUAUCCACCGGAUUACAAACAACAAUGCCCUUACGAUGCUUCUCACCGGGUCUUCGAACACGAGAUGAUCGAACACGUCACAAAUUGCCCGAUGAAGUUGUCGAAUCCGAUCGACGCUGCUGCCGCUUCAAGCAUUAUGAGAUUACCAGAAACAGACACUGAAUUAGAAAGUCAAAUGGAAAGUGAUGAAGUUUGGGAUGAAGGUCCUGAAGCUGCAACUAGAACCAAUCCAUACAAUGAACCCAUUUCUUUUGAAACUGUGAAUCUUAAACAAUAUGCAACUAUUUCUGCUCCUAGAGGAAAUGCUAUGAUAGCAAAAAAAUUUCAUUCCAAAUUAAGACGUCCAUUCGGUUAUUCUGAGUCCAUGUUGUUGGACAUGAGUACUACGACGAGCUGUCAGGAAACUGAUGAUGAUACAGAAUCAGUCACAAGUGAAAUGGGAGUUGGAAGAGGACAGACUUUUUUUCAAACCAAUCGAGGACAGUAUGCCAGGGGUCGUGCUGGCAGAUCUUAUGGAAGGGGAUUUAGGGGUAGAUUAUUGCAUUAGUUAAAAUCACUUUAAAAAUACCAAAAAAGACUUAGUAUAUAUUAUUUUUGUAUUAGAAUUCCUAGUUCAAAUAGUUAAGGGUAAUUUCAUAAUCAAUGUAACAAGUUAAUUUUGAUUUUUCAUUAAUACUUUGGAUUAUAUUCACUAAUUUUUGCUUUUCUUUUAUUUAAUUAUUCAUGAGAAAAUCAUUCAUGAAUACAAGUUUUGUUAAAAAAUAAAUUGUACGUUUGAAAUUAUCUCUGUUUAUUUGCCAAUUACAUUUUUGUUAGAUUUAAUUAUGUACAUGAUUCAAAGAAAGUCUCUCAAGUUGCUAUCACCGAAUAGCAGCUUAUUAACACAACAACAAUGCGGUUACUCGCCGCCUAUACCGAGAUAUUCGUGAGAAAAUCAUUCGACUAAAUGCAUCGGAAAAAAAAUGUUCAAUAUUAUGUAAAUAUUACGCGUGUAAAAGUAAGCUGCACAGAGUUACCAUUACUUUUUAAGAGCGUAUUUAUGUUGAACAUUUGCAAACAUAUCAAUUCAUAAAUGUAUAUAUCUUGAUAAUAAAAAUGAAAAAAUUAA